AUGGAAGAGCAUUCCGAGUAUAAACACAGGACACUUAAGUUGAUCUCUUUAAAGCCUAGGGAUGGGAGCACUGUUGCUAAUCAGUCCCUGUGGGGUCUUCCCGUCCCCUAUGAGCUGAGUGGAAAUCUCAGUGUGAACGACAGAGGAGUCAUUCUGAGAGCCUUCGAGCAGUUCAGACUGAAAUCUUGUGUUGACUUUAAGCCCAGAGCAGCAGAAGAGUUUUACAUCUCUGUGGAGAAGCAUGAAGGCUGUUGGUCGUAUAUCGGACGCUCGUCUCCUGGAGGACAGACUCUUUCCAUCGGAAAAGACUGUGGAAGAAAAGGCAUUGUUGAGCACCAGUUUCUCCAUGCUCUGGGACUCAACCAUGAGCAGACGCGAUAUGACAGAGAUGAUUACGUCACAAUCAAAUAUGAAAACAUCAGGAAAGGAUAUGAGAGUAAAUUGAAUAAACACAGUGAGAAGGUGUCCUCUACACAGGAAACCCCAUAUGAUUAUUACUCUGUGAUGCAUUUUGAUAAAAAUGCCUUCAGCAAUGGUAACGGACCCACGAUCAUAACCAAGAGUCCUGAGCUCAAAGACGAGAUCGGACAGCUAAUGGAAAUGAGCGAGUAUGAUACGAUCGAGCUCAACCAACUCUACAAGUGCAAUUCCUCCGUGUCUUUCCUCGAUCACUGUAGUUUUGAUGAUGAAUCUCUGUGUCAGAUGAGCGUCUGUUCUUCUGCUGGUGACGGCUGGCAGAGAGUGAAGUCAGUGAGUGGCAUCAGUGUGACCGACCACACAUACUUGGGCAAAGAACAGAACGGUGAGAUCCAUGACAGUCAGUCAGUGAGGACGUCUUUCUUCAUGCACUUCAGCGCUGAGGGCAGAAACGAGGGCGAUUCAGCCAGACUGGAGAGCAAGACAGUGACCCCUACGAGACAGUGCAAGGUCCAGUGCCUGCAGUUCUACUACUAUCACAGCGGUCAUGAGUCUGACCAGCUCAACAUCUGGAUCCGAGAGCAGCAGAAUCCAGCAGACAGCAGAGGAGCUCUCAGACUCAUGGAUCAGAUCACAGAAACCCCUGGGAAUUACUGGAAGCUGCAUCAUGUGCCGCUGAACGCAAAUACAUCUUUCCAGGUUGUGUUUGAAGCACGUAAAGGAGCUGGAAGCUCCAGCGGAGGCUUCUCACUGGAUGAUAUCAAUAUUUCAGAGACAGACUGUCCCUUCAUAUGGCAGAUACGAGACUUUGAGAAGGAACUGAACAGAGGGUUGUGGAUUUGGAGUCCACUGUAUUACUCCAGUGAUGGGUAUCGCUUUGUGGGUUCGUUAUCGUUGUCCGGUAAUGAACUUGUAAUAUUUAUUCCUCUGGUAUCUGGAGCACAUGAUGAGCAGCUGCAGUGGCCUUGUCCAUGGAGACAAAUCACCGUCCAGAUCCUGGACCAGAAUCCACACAUCCAGAAGCGCAUGUCCUUCGAGCAGAGCAUCACCACUGACCCUGAUUUGACUUAUUAUGGUUAG